CGCCUGCCUGAGUCUGGAGCACCGGCCCCAGCGCAGCGGUCAGCAGGGCCCUGCAUGGCCGCCCUACUGAUGCCCCGCAGGAACAAAGGCAUGAGAACGCGACUAGGCUGCCUGUCCCAUAAAUCGGACUCCUGUAGUGACUUUACGGCCAUCCUGCCCGACAAGCCCAACCGGGCUCUCAAAAGGUUAUCCACAGAGGAAGCCACCAGAUGGGCAGAUUCGUUCGACGUCCUCCUUGCCCAUAAAUAUGGGGUGGCAGCCUUCCGGGCCUUCCUGAAGACCGAGUUCAGCGAGGAGAACCUGGAGUUCUGGCUGGCCUGCGAGGACUUCAAGAAGACCCGCUCCACGGGCAAGCUGGCCUCCAAGGCCCUGCGGAUCUUCGAGGAGUUCGUGGACGUCCAGGCCCCCCGCGAGGUAAACAUCGACUUCCAGACCCGAGAAACCACCAGGAAAAACAUCCAGGAACCGUCUCCGACCUGUUUCGACCAGGCACAAGGCAAAGUGCACAGUCUCAUGGAGAAAGACUCUUACCCCAGAUUCCUGAGGUCCAAGAUGUACUUAGAUUUGCUGUCUCAAAGCCAGAGGCGGCUCAGUUAG